GGAUAAUCCUCAUUUUAAGUAGUAUUUUUUGUCUUUUGUGUUAUACCUAAGUGGAUUGAAUUCUUUAAAAAAAUGCUAUUACUUAAUGGAUUAUUGUUUAUAUUCUAUCAUGUGCUGCUAUCCGCAGGAAUAGUUAUAGAUCUACCACAUGGAAGUGUAAAUGGUACAACCAGUAGGACUUUAGCUGGUACAAAAUAUCAUAGUUUCCUUGCAAUGCGAUAUGCGGAACCUCCCACUGAUCUCCUACGUUUUCAACCUCCAAGCCCAGUAAAAGCAUGGAAAGGCAUAUACGAUGCUACCUACGAAAAAUAUAUAUGCUAUCAAAUAGCUGAAAACAGUGACCUAGAAAAUGAAGAUUGCUUAUAUAUUAAUGUAUUCACGCCAAAGAAUCUUGCAGCAAAUAACAAUGAAUCCGAUUUGGUCAUUAUGGCAUAUAUUCAUGGAGGUGGAUUUGUAUCAGGAGCAGGAUACAUGAGUAAAGGAAGUUUGGGACCUAAAUUCUUUAUGGAUGCCAAUGUUAUCUUGGUUACUUUCAACUAUAGGCUUGGGCCAUUAGGUUUUCUAUCAACUGGUGAUGAGGUUCUUCCGGGAAACUUGGGACUGAAAGAUCAACAGUUAGCUCUUGAAUGGGUUCAAGGAAAUAUUGCCUAUUUUGGUGGUGAUCCCAAAAAAGUUACCAUUUUUGGACAAAGUUCUGGUGGUUCUUCUGUUGGAUAUCAUUUAAUAAGUCCCUUGUCACAAGGUCUUUUCAGGGCAGCAAUCUUGGAAAGUGGAUCUGCACUAUCGCCAAUGGCUUACCAACGAAAUGAAACUUAUUAUACACUGCAAACUAUCAAGCUUAUCAAUCCAAACUAUAAUUUCACUAAUUCUACAGAUCUGUUAGCAUUUUUACAAAGUGUACCAGCUUCAGAUAUCGAUCUUGCUGGUUAUAACUUAACCAAGUCUUCUGAAUCUGCAGCCUACUAUCAAAUAUCUAAAGGAUUCUUCUAUGCCCCAAUAAAAGAGGUGCCUCACAAUGGAGCCUUUUUAACCGAACCUCAAUAUGAAAGCUUUGCCAGCGGCAAAUAUAAUCAUCUACCAGUUUUAAUAGGAAAUACAGAUGAAGAAUCAUUGGCUUUGGCCAGAUUAGGAGAUUUGUCAUUUUUAUCAAAGGAAUAUGAUGCUAAUCCAUCAAUAAUGGUUCCAUUUGAUAUGCAUAUUAAUAAUGAAAAUCUAAAAAUCGAACUGGGAAGCAAGAUUUUGAAUUAUUUUGCCGGUGCGCGCUUCAAUAACGAUUCUGCAAAAAUAAUCAAGUACCACAGUGUCCAUGACUUAGAUAAAGGUAAUGUAAAACAAGCAGAGCUAAUGGCUCUUUAUAAUCCAGUGUAUUUUUACCAGUUCUCCUACAGUGGUAAAAUGGGCAAUAAUGCAUACAGCGUCAAAGGAGCAGGAAAAGUGAUGCACUCAGAAGAAUUAAAUUACAUAUUUAGCAGAUCAUACAGCACAGAAAUACCGGACAAUUCAAAUCUUACACAAUUUCCACUUGCCGAUCGAUUAGUCCAUUACAGGAUGAUGUCUCUGUGGACCAACUUUGCAAAAUAUUUAGAUCCAACACCUCUUGGUAUUGAUGAAGAACUAUUGCAAGGAAUAACCUGGCAACCAAUCAGGCGAUGUGGAUUCAAAUAUUUGGACAUUGAUGAGAAUUUAGUUAUGAAAUUUGGCUACCCCAAGCCAGAACGGUAUAAAUUUUGGACUGAUCUUUAUAACAAUUAUGCUGUUCCUCCACUAGAUACAUUUUAAUCCAUAAAUAAAAACAGAUAUACAACUAUUAUUUGAACAUAAAUAAAUUUUAGUAAUUUUCCGUUAAAAUAAAAAAAGUAU